GCGCGGGGCCGGGCCCUGCCAGCGCCUCGCCGCCGCCUCCGCCUCCGGGGACAACCGCCCGCUGGCCUCGGCCUCCUCGCUUCCAGCCGGCGGGACCAGGACCGGGACCGGCAGCAGGAGCGGGCUGCCCGAGCCCGGCAGCGGAGGAGAAUGGCCCAAGCUACAGCCCCAGCAGCGUCCAUCCACGAUGAGGACUCCUCGGAAAGCAGGAUGGUGGUUACGUUCCUCAUGUCGGCACUUGAGUCAAUGUGCAAAGAACUUGCCAAGUCCAAGGCAGAAGUUGCCUGUAUUGCCGUAUAUGAAACAGACGUGUUUGUAGUUGGAACUGAGAGAGGCAGAGCCUUUGUCAACUCUAGGAAAGAUUUUCAGAAGGAUUUUGUUAAAUACUGUGUUACAGAAGAGGAGAGGGCUGCAGAGCUGCAGAAAACAAAGACCAUACCACCUCUAAACAGGCUGACAGUGGAUAUCAUGGAACUGGAAGCUCUCAGAAAGUCCGUGGAGGACUUCUUCUGCUUUUGCUAUGGUAAAGCUUUAGGAAAGUCAACGGUGGUACCUGUGCCAUACGAGAAGAUUCAGAGAGACCAGUCUGCUGUGGUGGUGCAGGGCCUGCCUGAAGGACUUGCAUUUAAACAUCCAGCAAAUUAUGAUGUUUCAACCCUGAAGUGGAUUUUGGAAAACAAGUCAGGGAUCUCAUUUAUCAUCAAAAGGCCUUUCCUAGAGCCAAAGAAACACCUAGGAGCUCAUAUGACAGAUCCUUCACAUUCAAUUAUACCUCCAGGUGGAAGUUGUCCUCCUAUUCAAGUGAAAACGGAACCAAAUGAGGAUUCUGGAAUUUCUCUGGAAAUGUCAACAGUAACAGUGAAGGAGGAAUCAGAGGAUCCUGACUACUAUCAGUAUAAUAUUCCAGGCCCUUCUGAAACAUCAGAGAUGGAUGAAAAAAUUGCUCUUGCAAAAAGUUACACAGAUUCCUCCCAGCACACCCCUUCAGAAACAAGUGAGGAUCCUGAGGUCGAGGUCACCAUCGAAGAUGAUGAAGACUACUUGCCCCCUAACAAAAGAUCGAAGAACACUGAGUCAGCAAAUGAAGCUGCCAAUACUGGGAGAAGAAAAGUGAGAGAAUUCAAUUUUGAGAAAUGGAAUGCUCGAAUUACAGACUUGAGAAAGCAAGUUGAAGAACUGUUUGAGAAAAAAUAUGCUCAAGCUAUAAAAGCUAAAGGUCCAGUGUCUAUCCCAUACCCACUCUUCCAGUCACAUGUGGAAGACCUUUAUGUGGAAGGGCUGCCAGAAGGAAUUCCCUUCCGAAGGCCAUCCACAUAUGGCAUUCCCCGUCUUGAGAGGAUACUUCUAGCGAAGGAGCGGAUCCGGUUUGUGAUUAAAAAGCAUGAGCUUUUGAAUUCGACAAGAGAAGAUGUACCCUUGGACAAACCAGUUGCAGGAGUGAAAGAGGAGUGGUAUGCUAGAAUCACCAAGCUGAGGAAGAUGGUAGAUCAACUCUUCUGUAAGAAGUUUGGCGAGGCACUGGGGAGCACCGAGCCUAAAGCUGUCCCAUACCAAAAAUUUGAGGCCCAUCCGACUGACCUCUAUGUUGAAGGUCUGCCAGAGAACAUUCCCUUUAGGAGUCCAUCCUGGUAUGGGAUCCCUCGCCUAGAAAAAAUAAUUCAAGUGGGCAACAGAAUAAAGUUUGUAAUCAAAAGGCCGGAGCUGCUAACCCUCAGUUCACCAGAAGUUAUUCAACCCAGGACAAACACACCAGUGAAAGAAGAUUGGAACGUUAGGAUCACAAAGCUAAGAAAGCAAGUAGAAGAGAUAUUUAAUAUGAAAUUUGCACAAGCUCUGGGGCUUUCAGAGGCAGUGAAGGUUCCCUAUCCUGUAUUUGAAUCAAACCCCGAGUACUUGUACGUCGAAGGCUUGCCAGAAGGAAUCCCCUUCCGGAGUCCCACAUGGUUUGGAAUUCCACGCCUUGAAAGAAUUGUCCGUGGGAGUGGCAAAAUCAAAUUUGUUGUUAAAAAGCCUGAGCUUGUCACUUCCUAUUUGCCACCAGGACUGGCUAGUAAAGUAAACACUAAAGCAAUGAGUCCAAAGAGUUCAAAAAGAUCACGGAGUCCUGCAAGCAAUUCAAAGGUCCCAGAGAUAGAAGUUACUGUUGAUGAAGGUCUCAAUAAACCACAAGCAACAGAUGCUCGAACUAAUUCUCAAACCAAUGGGUCCAAUAUGAGUUUCAAGCCACGAGGAAGAGAAUUUUCUUUUGAGGCAUGGAAUGCUAAAAUUACUGACCUAAAGCAAAAAGUUGAAAAUCUUUUCAAUGAAAAAUGUGGGGAAGCGCUGGGGCUGAGUGAACCAGUGAAGGUGCCGUUUGCGUUAUUUGAAUCCUUCCCAGAGGUCUUCUAUGUGGAAGGCCUACCAGAGGGAGUGCCAUUCCGACGACCAUCUACUUUUGGAAUUCCAAGACUAGAGAAGAUCCUCAGAAACAAAUCUAAGAUAAAAUUCAUUAUUAAAAAGCCUGAGAUGUUUGAGGCGGCAGUUAAGGAAAGUUCUGCUAAAAGUCCCCAGAGAAAAAAUAAUUCAUCUAAUAUAGCCAAUACAGCAAGCUCCACAACGAAUACAGUGGUAAACACAGCUGCAGGUGUUGAAGAUCUCAACAUCAUUCAAGUAACUAUACCAGAUGAUGAAAGUGAGCGCCUUUCAAAAGUAGAAAAGGCCAGACAAUUGAGAGAGCAAGUAAACGAUCUGUUUAGCCGGAAAUUUGGUGAAGCCAUUGGUAUGAGUUUUCCUGUGAAAGUCCCAUACAGGAAAAUCACCAUCAACCCUGGCUGUGUGGUGGUGGAUGGGAUGCCUCCUGGCGUGGCGUUUAAAGCUCCCAGUUAUCUGGAAAUCAGCUCGAUGAGGAAGAUUUUGGAAUCAUCGGAGUUUAUCAAGUUUACUGUCAUUCGACCAUUUCCAGGACUUGUGAUCAACAACCAGCCAGCUGAACCAAGCCAAAUAGAAGUAUCUGUAGGAGAUGUUACAGAAACAGAGGAAAGUUCUCAAAUAAAGCAAGAACCAGACCCAACGUGGUAGACCUCAUCAAUACUACGUCAGAAGCAUCCAGUUCUGCGAAGAGCUUGUCAGGCCUGUCCUGAUCCGUGUAAUAUAACUGUAUAAGAGACGUACCUUCUAUACAAACCCUUUUUGUACUUUUAGAUAGAAAUGUCUACUUUUUCAGCAGUUCUGUGAAUUGACUUAAUGCAAAGAAUGACUGUAGAUUUGGAAGGGCUGGUUUUACUUUGGAAUAUAUCGUGAGGACUAAAUAUGAUGCAGCAAUGCUGGGGAGACGGCAACGGUUAAAAUCAACAGGGACUUAACAGAGGCUGUCUGCGUUUCCCAAUAAAGCUGAACUUCACUGUACCUGGAUGCAUCUCAGCUUCUGUAAUGAAGAAAAAAACCCGCAAGUAGUUCAGUUUGUUAGUUUUACUUUGAGAAAACAAAUCACUGAUUUUUGGUUAUCACUCCAUUAACGGCUGCUUGGACAAUAGUGUCUGUAUAUUUGAACUAAUUUUUCCUCUAUCUGCCACAGUUCAUAUGUUUCUCAUAAAUAAAAGAUGAACUGGUUCACUUGAUCAUUAGUAUGCAUUAAUGAGCUGGACAGUAUUUCAGUGUGUGGAUUAGGAACCAGCUGAACCCUUCUGUAGUUUGUUCUGUUAACUCGAAGUAGUAAGUGCAUGUUUUACCAGAAUAUCAUGGUUUGUGUGAGAAGGGUCUGGUCCUGCAGUCCCAACACAGGCAAAACUCACGUGGACCUGCGUGAGGGCUUUUCUCCCGAAGGCAGGGGGUAAAGCCCUGCUGUUCAUCUCGAGCUAGUUAUGGAAACUUACACUACAAGCUGCUCCGAGUCCUCCUGUGUCAAAAGUUAAGUCCCCUACAGUCCUGGUUACGCCGCACAUCAUGUAAGAGAUUCAUGUAUGCUUUUUUUUGGAAGUUUCACAAACCAUAAAUUUGUAAAGUUCUGGCUAUAUGAUACUCUCUAUAGAGAAGAUAGAGAUUAUUGUAAAGGUUUCUCUUUCAUUGGCAUGAGUUUGGGAUGACUGCUUUAUGCACAAAUGCUAACCCUUAUUCCCUCAUUAAGAAAUAAAGACAUUUCUGAUGGUUUUCACGACUGUCCAUGCAGUAUACGUUUACAUGUGAAGUUCCAGCAGUAAUGUCGGCAGGUAGAAUACACUACAGCGUAGUUACUAAUUCCAGCAAAGAAAGUAAGUUCCUGUCAUGCCCUUCAGACAGAAGAGCAGCUCUGGGUGGGUGAGGUUGUUGAAAAUGAAAAUGAAAAAACUUGAAGACUUGAAUGGAGUUGGAUAUGGUGUCUGUUCCCAGGAAUACCCAGCAGGAGCAAGCUGAAACUCGGCAGAUCAGUUCAGAGCAGCUCCUACUCUGCCAUUCUAGAGGCAAGGGAGAGCUACAGCCCACGUGCAGGUGCUUUCACAAUUGCCUGGGGCAGGUCUCGGUGCUCCCACUGAAAUAUUGGAUGUUGUGCUGUUGGUGGCAGCGGGGGCAGGGUUAGCUCCGCGCUGAACCAUUACUUCACCAGACACGCUCGGUUACGUACCUCCAGAAACGGGUUGUUACGGAGUGACAGCCAGUUUCACGAUUGCUGCUAGAAAUUUUUAGAGUGGGGAAAUGAGUUCAUGCAGCCUUCCUCGGGCUCUCGACUUCCCCUUUUGAAAAAGCGGAAGGAUGGUCUGUCCCUUCUUCACUCUCAGCCCUCUUCGGGAGGCACCCUUUGCACAGCUGCCUGCCCAGCAAAGCUAAAUAUUGCUAACGGAGCCGCCAGUGCUGCCACAAAUGGAGGGAGAGGCAUCAGAGCAAAAGAACCGAGAACUAAGGAGUUCAGACUGCUGCCUUGCGUGGAUGUCCUGCAGAUGUAUCGUGUACUGUGCGUACGAGAGCUUAAAAAAUGAAGCGAAAACUGAUGACAGCAGUGUAACUGGAAGUACUGGAGUAACUCCAUGACGCUGGGAGCUCGGGUAGCGGUGUGCCUCGUGUCCGUCCCGCCGGGGGGGGUCGGUUAGUGCCGGUGUGCACAUCAGCAUCAACACUGAAGUCUCUUUUUGGUCUCAGACAUUUUGAGUUAUAACCAGUAGAGAGAAAUUAGACUGACAAAAUAAUUGCACCAAUAUUUAUACCUUCUAAAUAUCAAUUUUAUAUUAAAAGUGAUAUAUAUCUAUAGUCCUAACAGGUAGCAGACUUUUAAGAUGUUGACCUUGUAUGAAAAUCGCGCUCGUUUCCAAACUAGUAAUACAUGAGGUGUGUCACGCUUCGGGCAUUGACUGAUAAUGCCCUAAAAAGCCUUGGCUGUACUAAUUAACAAGCAAAUAAAUAAAAUUGCAACAACUUAA